GUGACACAUAGCUUGAUCAAUCAGCGGUUUGCGGACCAAAGAGACUCCAAGAAUGUCCAAAUUUUAACCAGAGAAGAGAAGCCAAAAAAAAGUGAUUGUGUGGUGCCUAGUAUGUCCACAACAGCGCCAGAGUCGCUUAAAAUGCAGUUAACUUAUGUAGAGACGCGUAGCGGUGAGUUCAAAGCGCAGGGGGUACCGUAUAAGGCAAUCCGCUACCUCAGCAGCAACACUCGCGAGAUCAGAUACAGUCACGAGACCCACCGCGCGCUUGACGGCGAAAUGAUGAUGCUCCCACGCACUGGUAUAGAGCCACCGCGUCGUAUCGUCACUGGCCAUACUCCCGAUGGGAAGAGCACCACCAUUUUCGAUGGGGAAGUUUCCAGUGCCCCCAACGUUGGCACGAGAUUCUGGGUCACUAAAGGAUGGCCAACAGAUAAUUCAGGAGAUAACAAAGACUUGAGAGAUGAAAGUCCGGAUCGUGCUGGUAUCUUCCAGACUAAUGGGACAAAUUUUCUUGCCCAGGACGUCCCCCCGGGUGCCGUCGUUCCAAUGCACCGAACGAGUACUCUUGACUAUGGUAUUCUGAUAUCAGGAGAACUGACGCUGGUUCUUGAGGAUGGUCCUCCCCUAACAUUGUCUGAACCGGGAACUGUCUUUGUCCAAAGAGGGACCGCACACCAGUGGGAGAAUCGUGGUCCUGACUGGGUCAGAGUCAUCUUCGUCAUCCUCGAUGCUAAACCUUUCGCCUACACGAAUGCAGAUGGAGCGCAGGUGACGCUGGAGGAGUACCACUCGUGGUCGAAAGCCCCUACUUAACGUAUAUGUAGAUCACUCUUUUGUAACACACAUCGAUCUUGUUCUCAUGGUGGCAAAGCGGUUGACUAGGUUAAUCCCAUCUGUAACUUAUAUGGACAAGGGCGGUAGGCAUGCAGAUGCUCCGUUAUAUUAUCAAACACAUACCGAUAUUUUCAUGGAGGC